ACAUAUUCUAACUUCUUCCGUACAACAUAAGUUCCUAACCUCGUAAAAAUUGCUUUGUUAGAUCUAAUUUAAACUCGAUAAUGAAUGUUAUAAGUUCAGAAUCAUCAAUAGGAGAUGAAGAGAAUAUUUUCCGCCGUUUUGAACAGUUGCUCGUUUCAUAUGAAAAGCUAACACUCAUGGCAGCAGAACAGGAAGAAUAUAACAGUCAAAUGGAAGCAAACGUACUAAAAUUACUUAAAGAAAGGUGGGAGAGAGAUCAGAGAUACACGAGUAUCUUCUACAAGCUAUUAGGAUGUAUUGAAAAAGUGCUUUGUAACAAAAUGAGCAGAAAUGAACUCAAACAAGAAUAUGAUAAUAUAAUUGAGACAGCAUUAUCUUCUGACCAACAAGCUUACGAAAACGCUUCGGUUGAAAAUGUUCGACUUAAGAAAAAGCUCGAGAAAGCUAGCCUAGAAGGUGAACCACCUUCUAGUGAAGCAUGAUUGUGUUUACAAAACCUGAAACUAUCAAUCCAUUAUGACUAUUAAUCAUGUAAUGGUUGUCUCCAUGCAUUAUUUCUUACAAAUACACUAAUGUUGAAAUCUGAGUUACUCUUAAACUGAUAUUAUAUGCAAUAUGAAAUAAAUGCAAAGAAUGCAACGUUAUAAAUUACUUCUAUUAAACUCCUUCCUCUCCUGUACAUGAACGGUUCUAUGCUAUUCUUAAAUGGCCUAAGUUCCUUUAUAAGAAUACUUUCAUCUCUAUACUCCAACUCACGAAUAAUGGUUACUUCUUUUUAUCUGACAUAUUUUGAACAUGUAUUAAUCAUUAAAGUGCGCGCGUCUACAAAUAUAGGAUAGUAAGAACGGAG